GAUGAUUCUAAAGCAACAUAAACAAAUUGCUUAAUCUUCCUUUCUUCUGCCUGUUCCAGGAUAAUAGUUGUAAUUGUUUUGUUUAAUAGAUAUUUUUAUUUUUGAUAUUGGACCUUCGUCAUACUCUAAUGAAGGACCAAUCAUGAUCUUUUUAUGUCAUCUGAAUUGAUCUUCUACUCUAUUGGUUUAAAAAAGGAUUACUUUUUUGCUUUCCAUUGAGCUACAGAAUUAUCUUUCAUAUUGAAGACCCUUUCAGUUUCAGCUCAUUGUUUUUGCUUUCUUAUUUUAUAUCAUCUCAGAAAUUUAAAUUUUUAGUUGAUAUUUUUAAAGUGUGUUACUUAUCCUAAACCUUUUAAAUGGCAUCUGUAGCAGUUCCUGAAUUUAAGGUUAUUCUUUGCGGUGAAUAUGGUGUUGGUAAAACUUCGUUGUUCCGUCGAUUCACCCAAGAUACUUUUAUUGAUACUUCAAAUUAUACUCAUUCUCAAGCUCGUCAAUCAACCAUGGGUCUUGAUCAUGCUAGUCGCAAAUAUGAAGUGGAUGGUUUAAAGUCUAUCAAAAUGCAACUCUGGGAUACUGGUGGGUUAGAAAGAGUUGCUAGCAUAACCAACUCUUACUACAAGUUCGCUGAUGCUGCUCUCCUUGUUUUCAGUCUAAAUUCACUGGAAUCAUUUCACUGCAUAAGCCAACAUUUACUGGAGAUACUUUCGCUUGCCGAGAAUGCGAAAAUAUUUUUAGUUUGUAACAAGAGUGACCUUAGUCCCUAUGAGGUUGCAGAUUCAGACAUUGAACUGUUCAUGGAACAAUUUCCAAAAUUUAAUGGUGUAUAUAAGGUAUCGUGUAAAACUAACUCAGGAAUAAAGGAGAUGUUCAACGAUAUUGCUGAGAAAUUGGCAAGCAUGAGCUACAAAAGUAAUCUGGAUGCGUUUAAAUUACAUAACCAGGAAUCAGCUUAUAUAAAUGGAUCCAGUUCAUCCAAUGCCAAAGACUAUUGCUGUCCCAAAUAAGAUUACUUGACUUCAACUAUGGAUUUAACAAAAGCAAAAUUGGAAACCAACUAUUUUAACAAAAGCUUUCUUAUCUCGCCAUCAAAAUUUUACCAUGUCUUCGCUUCACCAUCAUAAUCAUCUUCAUCAUUACCAUUAUCAUUGGUCAUAAUUUAUGACUCGUAAAUUGAAUCAAGUUUAUUUAAAUCGUUUAAAGAAAUGAAAGGUUUAUUAAACUUUCCGUUGGGCUCAUAAUCAGUAUUGAUUGAAAUAUUUUUUGCUCAAAAUUCAAAAUAAUUUGCAGUUGUUUUCGCAUGUCAAUCAACUCUUCAAUUUUGGAAUGUUAAACACUAUUCAAGAAAUCUAAAGAAUCAAAAUACAGCAAGUUUGGACAUUAUCAUCCUCACUCAUCUCACUUGGACGACGUUUUCUGUUGUUGAACCAUCUACUUAUUUCACUCCUUUUUUUAUAACUUAUUCAUGAAUAUACUAUGUAAAUUCAUGUUUCUUUUGUUCCUUUACAUGACCUUUACUUUCAAAGCACAUUUUAUGCUGUUUUUAUAUUACCAAAACAAAAACAAAUGACUACAAUGUCAAACCCUCUUUAGUUGAAUGUAAUGAAGACAGCUAAAACAAUAACUCAUGAAUUAAAUGAAUCAGUUUGAGAAUUAAAAAA